UUAAGUUAUAAGAGACAAAUAAUUUUGAAAGUGAGCUUUCAGGGUCAGAACAGACCGGCCAAAAUCCGAUCCUCUUUUUUCCCCCAACAGUCUGAUUCUACGGUUUCCUCCCACCAGCUUCAACAACCCUAAUUCGCCACCAUGACUGAGUAUUGGGUUAGCCAGGGUAACAAGUGGUGUGAUUUCUGCAAAAUCUACAUAUCAAACAAUCCUUCUAGCAUUCGAAAUCAUGAGCUCGGUACGCGUCACAAGGAUGCUGUUGCUAAGAAGCUUGCUGAUAUGCGAAAAGACAGAGCUGCUAAGGAGAAGGAAGAAAAGGAAGCAGAACGUGCCCUUCUGCAAAUUGAAGCGAAAACUAAGCGCAGCUAUCAAAAGGAUAUGACGAACUUUCAGGAAGCUAGAGAUACUCAUGCUCUUGCACUAGAUGUUGGGGACGAUGGUGAAGAAACAUGGUGGUAUGACAGCGCUUCUGGGUAUUACUACCAUCAAAGUAAUGGCUUUUGCUAUGAUGCGAACUCCGGCUUCUACUAUUCUGAUGCUAUAGGCAAAUGGGUGACACAGGAAGAGGCAUAUGCGACCCCUCAGUUUUUAUUAAAAUCCAGAUAUAAAUCAACGAUGUUGAAGAAGAAAGUGCCAAAUUCAGGGACUGGAUCAGCUUCAGAAAAUAAAGGGGCUGAUAAAUCUCAAAAUGGUCCUCCACCAGGACCAGUUGUUUCAGCUACUUUAAACCCUAUGAGAUCCGUUAAAGGUGCUCCCUCCAAAGUUCUCGUUGGCAAAAGAAAGAGGCAAGAGGUGAAGCCACGGGCUAUGACUGCAGAAGAGGCAGCUGCACUUAAAGCAAGGGAGGCCGCUAGAAAGAGAGUUCAAGACAGAGAAAAACCAUUGCUGGGCCUUUACAGGCCACAAUGAUUUGUCUUCUCACUCAAGUUUGUGUCUGCAACAUAAGUGUCAUGUAGAGCCCGAUGAGAGGAAUGCGAUCCACCACCAUCUGCCAUACCUUUCAGGCACACCUUGUUCCUCCUGAUCAACUCGAUCACCUCCUCCGGCACCUGCGGCAUAUCGCCGGUGACCUUGUACUUCUCGAAGUAGAGCGGCGCGUCCAUCACCUGCUCCACAACGUUGGUCACGAGCGGUCCGAUUCCGUCAUCGGGGAUUAGGGUUACGGCGCGCAGAGCAUCGUUGUUGGGGCGGGGCUUGUAGGUGACCGUUCGGGUUUGGGCCGUGAAGGAGGGAGUGGCCGGCUUUGUUAGACGGUGGCGGAGGAUCGGUAUGGAUCUUCUCGCUCUUCACUCCCCAUCUGGAUGAAGUUCCGGACGUAAUGAGGUUUUUUUUUAAUACAAUUCAUUCUAAUAUUUGACAUUUGCCAAAAGACUUCACCAUUGGAGGAGAAACCUUGUAAAUUUGACAUUGCUGAGAGGGCUGUCAAAUUUGAAAUUGCCACAAGCUAAAAGACAUCUCUGCUGGAGAUGCUCUAAGCUAUCUAAGUGAGUGUUAAAAACCGCGCACUAUGCUUUUCCUUCAAAACCAUUG